AUGAAAAUGUGGUUGCUGGUUAGUCAUCUGAUGAUAAUCUCAUUUACAACCUGUCUAGCAGAGUUUACAUGGCACAGAAGGUAUGGUCAUGGAGUUUCUGAGGAAGACAAAGGAUUUGGACCAAUUUUUGAAGAGCAACCAAUCAAUACCAUUUAUCCAGAAGAAUCACUGGAAGGAAAAGUUUCACUAAACUGUAGGGCACGAGCCAGCCCUUUUCCAGUUUACAAAUGGAGAAUGAAUAACGGAGAUGUUGAUCUGACAAGUGACCGAUACAGUAUGGUGGGAGGAAACCUUGUCAUCAACAACCCUGACAAACAGAAAGAUGCUGGAACAUACUAUUGUUUGGCAUCAAAUAACUAUGGCAUGGUCAGAAGCACUGAAGCAAUCCUGAGCUUUGGAUAUCUUGAUCCUUUCCCACCUGAGGAACGCCCUGAGGUCAAAGUGAAAGAAGGAAAAGGAAUGGUGCUUCUCUGUGAUCCCCCAUACCAUUUUCCAGAUGAUCUUAGCUACCGCUGGCUUCUCAAUGAAUUUCCUGUAUUUAUCACAAUGGAUAAACGAAGAUUUGUGUCUCAAACCAAUGGCAAUCUCUACAUUGCAAAUGUUGAGGCAUCUGACAAAGGCAAUUAUUCCUGCUUUGUAUCCAGUCCUUCCAUUACAAAGAGUGUGUUCAGCAAAUUUAUCCCACUCAUUCCAAUACCUGAACGAACAACAAAACCAUAUCCUGCUGAUAUUGUAGUUCAGUUCAAGGACAUAUAUGCAUUGAUGGGUCAAAAUGUGACUUUAGAGUGUUUUGCACUUGGAAAUCCUGUUCCAGAUAUCCGAUGGCGGAAGGUUCUAGAACCAAUGCCAAGUACUGCUGAGAUCAGCACCUCAGGAGCUGUCCUCAAGAUCUUCAAUAUCCAACUGGAAGAUGAAGGCAUAUAUGAAUGUGAGGCUGAGAACAUUAGAGGAAAGGAUAAACACCAGGCAAGAAUUUAUGUUCAAGCAUUUCCUGAGUGGGUAGAACAUAUCAAUGACACAGAGGUGGACAUUGGCAGUGAUCUCUACUGGCCUUGUGUGGCCACAGGGAAGCCCAUUCCUUCAAUUCGAUGGCUGAAAAAUGGAUAUGCGUAUCAUAAAGGGGAACUGAGACUAUAUGAUGUGACUUUUGAAAAUGCUGGAAUGUAUCAGUGCAUAGCUGAAAACACAUAUGGAGCCAUUUAUGCAAAUGCUGAGUUGAAAAUCUUGGCUUUGGCUCCAACUUUUGAAAUGAAUCCUAUGAAGAAAAAGAUCUUGGCUGCUAAGGGAGGAAGGGUUAUAAUCGAAUGCAAACCUAAAGCUGCACCUAAACCAAAGUUCUCCUGGAGUAAAGGAACAGAGUGGCUUGUCAACAGUAGCAGAAUACUCAUUUGGGAAGAUGGUAGCUUGGAAAUCAAUAACAUUACAAGGAAUGAUGGAGGUGUCUAUACAUGCUUUGCAGAAAAUAAUAGAGGGAAAGCUAAUAGCACUGGGACUCUUGUGAUCACAGAUCCCACACGAAUCAUAUUGGCCCCAAUUAAUGCUGAUAUCACUGUUGGAGAAAAUGCCACCAUGCAGUGUGCUGCAUCCUUUGACCCCGCCUUGGACCUCACAUUUGUUUGGUCCUUCAAUGGCUAUGUGAUUGACUUUAACAAAGAAAAUAUCCAUUACCAGAGGAAUUUUAUGCUGGAUGCCAAUGGUGAGCUGCUCAUCCGAAAUGCCCAGCUGAAACAUGCUGGAAGAUACACAUGCACUGCUCAGACAAUUGUGGACAAUUCUUCAGCUUCAGCUGACCUUGUUGUGCGAGGUAAAAACAGAAAAGAUGGAGAGAAAAGCAUGGCGGAUCCCUUUCUCCCCGUCUGUGCAAGCCUGCCUCCAACCUGGUGAUCGUUCACACUCACCAUUUGUGUGAAAGCCUUUUUUUUUAAUAUGAUACUAGAGUUGACUAAUUAACUCAAUCUUAUAGUUUCUGCAAUUUUCCCUCUGCAAACUAGUUCUUAGAGGAUGUUUCCCCAUUGAAAUUUCUAAACAUAAAAGAUUUUUUUUAGAUGUAAUUAUACAGCUUCACUAAUACCCGAAAACAAUGCCUAGUGAACUAACCCAGUACUUCAUAUACUGGCCAAGUGAAAGUUUUGUGUUUUCCUGUCUUGUUUUUCUUUGAAACUAUAUAUCUCAGAAGUUAGCUCAUUACCUGAAAAAUUUAUGAAGAACUGGUAAAGUAUAACAGGAGUAUUGCCACUGAAUGGACUAUUUGAUUUAUUUGAGCAGGUAAUGAACAAUAUUGCUGUCAAAUUCACCAUUGCGCAACCUUAAUUAGCACAUAAAAUAAGAGGAGCCGUGCUCCAGGAGCCUUUCCUAUCCUUGUGCCAUUCAUAUUCUUUGGUAGGAAAGAAGGAAAAGCAAUAAUAACCACAGAGAGUGAUCACAACCCUGAAGGAACUGGGAAUACUGGGAUUUGGAAGUGAAUAUGGACAGUAUGGGUAGGAAAACAUCAUCUCUGUAGGAAGAUUUAUGGGAGGAUGGCUAAGCCACUAGCAACAUAAGUUUAUGAUAAAUUUUAUCAUAAAGCCAUUAGCUUUCUUGGGCUUUUCUUUUGAUAGCAAGGUUGAGAUAUUUAUUAGAAGGACUUGGGCAGAAGUGGAGGGAUUAAAAUGACACUAUAUAACUCUUUCUGGGACUACUUAAAUUUCAUUAUUUGAAAAUGCUUUCAUUUUCAUUCUUUGGUCAAAGAAGCAUGCUUAAAAUUUUUGUUUCUUCCCAAGAAAUAAUUUUGUUCUUUAUAAACAAUUUUAUAUUUAGGUAUGAGACAGGAUUCAGACCUCUCAUUUAGUAACUCUAGCAACACCUCAGAAAGCACUGAGGGAUAUGGAUAUUAUUCUUAAACCAUUACUUAUAUAUAGUUUUAUUUUCAAAAUAAUGUAUUAGUCAUCUUAAAGGAAUAAAUGUCUCUGAUUCAAGAUCUUACUUCCAUCUUUUAUAUUUUGUAAACUCAGUUGCCAUCACAGAAGGAACUCUCUUAGAAUUUGAACUAGAGGUCUGAAUCAAUUUCCAUGUUAGUAAGUUAUGUAAAAUCAUGCUGAGAGUUUUCAAGUAUCUAUAAACAUCACCAUGGAGACAUGUGUCUGAGUCAUCAUUGUGGGCAUCUUCCUACAUAGUCCAUAUUUGAAAUUAUACCACCGAGACAAGCUGGGAAUAUAGUUUUAGAAUGAAAGAGUAAAAGUUAGAUUAGAAGCCAUGUAACAAGCAUGAUGGGACAAGGAAAGGGACAACAUUCUUAUUUAAGCAAAUUAUAUUGAUAUAAAGUAGGAGAAGUGUACAGAUUCAUUGACCUCCUUUUGGUCCCAAUCUCUUUGUAAUUAGAAUCUAAGUUCACUUUUAUCUAUGUCAGAGGUUAAGAAAAAUCAAGCUCCUAUUACAUGGUAGAGACAUUUAAUACUUAGUUUUCUGCUAGUACAGUUUCAAACAUCAACAAGACCACACAAAAUUGAUUUGCAUUUAUAAUAAAUGUAUUUCUAAUGUGCAUUUAUAUGCAUUUUAAAAUAGAGCCAUUGCUUUAACUAAUUUUCAGGGCAAGAACAGUAAUAAGGGAAAUUUAAUUUAUUUCAGUAAAGAAGACUUGCCUUAACAUAACUGAUGAUCUUUAUCUCCCAGCAACUUUCAUUUUAAAAUUAACUUAUUUUAAAAAGGAACCAUAAUUAGUUCUGAAAUUUUUGUUUCCAUAUCAUCUUCAAACUUUUCAUUGGAAGUUGUCAUUUUGGCAAAAAUAAACAACAAAUCCUGGGAUACUUUCUGUGGUGCUUUCGUUUUACUCCUUGCUGGGAAAGAAAAUGAUAACAAAAUGUUUUUUUCUAUUAAACAUCAGUUUGAGAUCAGCAAGAUUUAUGUUAAAAUAUUAAAACAGUGUGCUGUGUCCAGGAGUGUCCCAAAAGGACUGAUGCUUGUGGGGAUACAUUUCCAUCAGUAGUUGUUGAGGAAGCCAACUGUAGUUGUUGAAUGGGGAGCGAGCAUGUUAGGUCUCCUGCUAGGUAGUCACCAACUUCACCCAUGGCUGGAGGGCACGGCAUGCACAACCCAUCUCUUCUCCAGUCUUCUGUCCCAUUUGAUUUAUUAAAAAAUGAAUUUCAAGUAUUGAUUGAGAAAAAUAUGGUCAGCUUAUUUUUAAUAUGUGAAUCAUUUGGAAAACAUAGUUUUCCUGCUAGCUUUCCUAAAAUGUCUGAAAUCUUGUCAUUGAACAUUAUGGACAAAAUUGAUAAAAAAUGUUUUAUCAAUGUGUUUAUUGUAUUUCUGAUCAUUUUUCUAAUUAUUUUACAUAUAAAUGAGAACUGAGUGAAAAUCAAAUAAGUUUUUUUCCUAAAACAUUAAUAAUAUUUAGAAAAGAUUAACAAAUAUCUUUAUGGUGAUCAAGAAAGACUGGGAAAGUAUUAAGAAUUUAUAAAUAGGUGAUGUGAAAAUCUUUACAUAUUUGAUUUAGCAGAUCAGAUGGAGAUUUAAAAGCUAUAACCAAUGUACUAUAGUUUCAUUGUUUUUCCAAGAUAGCUCCUGGGCCCAAGUAAUUUAUAUUCUCUCCAAUAAAAAGUAACACUGUUCCCUUAACAUGAAUAAUAUGCAUAAUAAAAUAUUUAAAGAAGGAUAAAAAAAAGUAACUAAUGGAAAGUAAUCAAGUCUAUUUUAAAAUGUGAUAAUAAUAAUGCUAUGUCUAAAUUGUUGCUUUUAGCAUAGUUGUUGAGAAGUUGGCCUCAAGGCAAAUUGAUUGGGUUCAAAUCCUUAACUUUGCCAUGUAUUAGCAGGAUGACCAUGGUCAUUGAUUUAAUCUGUCCCUUACUAUAUUUCCUCAUCUAUAAAAUAGGAAAUAUAAUAGCAUAGGAUAGGGUAUUAGUAUGAAUUAUAAAAUAUUUGGCAGUAAUUCAGUUGCAAUAAGAACUCAAUGAAAACUAUAAUUUUUAUUAACAUAUACCAUAUAAACUUCCUUUUGUGAUUUACUAAUAAUUUUCUCAUGUAAAUUUUAUGCUGUCAUGGGUUCAUUACUUCCUCAACUAAUAUCGACAAAUCCCAGAGAACAAUAGAGUAAAACUGUUGGCAUCCAGAUAGUUCUUUAGAAGUUUUUUGCAGAUGACACAUUUGAGUCACAUGAUCUGAAUUUGCAAAUGGACAUUUUCUCAGAUGGGGCACAUUACAACAGGAAGCCCUGUCGCCUGUUUUGACUCUGCAUUGCCACUGACAGGCUGUAAUUCUGACAGUAGUAAUCUAUCUAGACACAGCAUCCUUCUAUGGAACACACAGAUAUUGGCUUAAACAAGCUCUGAAGUGUAUAUGAUAUAUAUAAAAUAUUGAACUAUCUCUGUUAUCUGCUGAAGGUCAAUGAUUUAAUAGUAAAAAUGUUGAGAACCAAGAAAAAUUUAGGGAAAGAAAAUACAGAUGUGGUAAGUGAGACUUUCCAUUUAACUGCAGAUGAUAGGGAUCAUUCUGGAAGUUUCCAAAGUCCUUCAUUAGGUAAGAAGGUGACAGAAAUGAGCCUCAGUAAUUAUUUGUGAACUUUUAGCUAACUUUGAAGAACUCAUGAUGUAAAACUAUAACACUGACAAGGACUUUGGUAGACCAUUAUUUAUCCCCCAUAGGCGAGGUUUUAUUGAACAUUCUUAAUGAACAGUUUCUGAGAGGGAUACUUGCAGCUAGAGAGAAAGAAUACUUAGGUGUCAAACAAGCACAGUAAGAAAUAGGUAAUAGAAAUAGAAAAGGAAAACUACUCAUAGUGUUAGCCUCCAGCUGAGAAGAGAAAAAAGGCAAGACAAAGAAAAGUUGCAAUUAAACACCGAUUUUGAUUCUGAAUGGGAAAAGGUGCAAACAACCAACAUGGAACUGCAUAUGUAUUGUUACUUGUAUCAAAGUGGAAUUUGGUCACCUGGAUGGGCCUAACACAAUUAGAGGUGUCCACUCUUUGUGACAUAUGGUCAGAACUGGGAAGAAUCAGGAAACAAAAAUAGCAGCACUGCUGUAGGGAUAUGAUAUAUGAGCUUAAUAAAAUGCAUUUCAGAAACUCUAGGGCAUGGGAUGGGAGACAUGUUAGGAAGACAGGAAGGAAAAUAAAGCCAUACUCAUAAGAGCAAAAAAGCAAAAAGCAUGACUUAAAUAGCUUUUUAUUGUCUCAUCCAAAUCUCCUUUUAUUUUUUCUACUCAUUUUCUUCUCUUUCAAACUCCCCAAGUAUUUAAUUAAUGAUAGUAAGAAGAACUGAUGAAAUGACCUCUCCUGGGCUAGUCAGAGGAACAUUCCAGUGUCCCCCCUCAAAUCUUUAAUAAUUAAAAUAAAAGAAAGAAAAAAUUGAAAGACUGAAGUAAUUUAUCACCUAAUGUAUCUAGACACUUAAAAUAUAGUCAGAUGGCAGAGGUCCUUUUCAUGGGAUCAAUUUCUCUGUUUCAUGAUAAUUUAACUUUGGGAUAAUGUUCUUGUCAGUCAUUAGCUAUGUGAUUGAGAACAAUCUAAGAAACUCUAAAGAGGUAUAAGAGGAUAAUAAUGAAAAGAGCUGCGUGUAGCAGUUCACGUGCUUACAGCUUUCCCUGGCUUCGAUUCUUUCCUUAAGGAUUUAUUGAGUGUACACAAUGAAGGGAGUUUAAGAAAAAGGAAUUUGUGGGGUCAGAAUUAUGUAUAGCUUUUUUUUUUUUUUUUCAUUGACAAUAGAAUCAGAAGAGUUGUAAACUCUUAAAUGCCUUCCCUUGUGCUGAGGAACAAGUAGCUCCUUAUUUUAUUUUCUACCACAGCCCUUUUCUCUCCAUUCUGAAAAAUAACUAAGCAAGUAACAUCAGCCUCCAUGCUCAAAAGUCUUCCUUCUACAAGCCGCCACAGGGCUGGCCUGACCGUCUCUAUGGUAACACUGUCCUAUUUUUACCACAUCCUGAUUACUUAGUAUGGACAGGAGUGUCUUCAUAUUCUGGACUUUUCCUCACCUCCAUCAAAUUGACCAGAAAACACUUUACUUUCUGAUAUUCCUACUUUCUUCUUAGUGGCAAGUGAUAAAUGAGUGAUGCGGUAAAUAGAUCCCUCACAAUGAUUAACAAGGACUACAAUCACUAUUGCCAGAUAGCUAAGACACUUGGACAGCUAUUCUAGAGACAAUGACAAUAAUAUUGUUACUAGCUGAAGUUUACUGAGGACUUCUACAGACCAGGCCUAGCACUAGAUUCUUUAAGGAUGUCAUCUUAAUCCUAACAACAGUAUCAUCAAUUUACAUUACUUUUGUUUUAUACUUGAGAAAAUUAGAACUUAGUAAAUUUAAGAAACUUGAUCAAGAUAAAUCAGGGCAUAAAAUUUAAAGCCAAGCCCAUUUUAACUCUAAAAUUCCUGGUUUUUAAUAGUAUGUCUUUUUCUCCUUUAUUUUCUGAGAAAGAUUUGUAGUCAGUUGCUAGAUGGAAAAUGCUACUUUACAUCAGUUGAAACAUUACCAAGUAACAUUGCCACACAAGGGUGUAAGAAUACUAACCAACCUGACCCUCUGUAUUUAUCCUCUGAAUUCCACCUCCUUGUGAUGACACUGUCAUUUCAGGGCAGGUGUAAGAAUGCAGAUUGUAUUGUAGAUGGUCAUUAUGGUUAUGGACCUAUCUGGAGAUCAAUUAUGAUAAAUUAUUUUGUAUAGUUACCAAAUACUUAUGAAAAACUCACUAUAGGUCAAACAUAUAUUAGUGGAAAAAAUGACAAACACCAUGUUUUACUUAAGAAUGCUGCUCUUCAGUGAAUGGAAAACUGAAAAAGAUAUUAUGCACGCAAUAUUCCAACAAAUACACUGAAAUAUGCAGCUCUAAUCUGAUCUUGUGAAAUAUUAGUCAUUUGAAACUCCAAGAAUUCAGAGAAUAACAGCAAGGAAAUGAUUUAUAGUUUUGUGGUUAAAGAACCUAUGGCAAUUUUGCCUCAAAUUCCCUUUAACAUUUUCUAAAUACCUUACCUUUAAACUCAGAAAAAGUAUUUGAAUGCAUGCAUUACAGAAAUUUACCUUUCUUUUAAAAUUUUUCCUUUAUAUUUCCUCCCUUAUUUUUAAUUUUAAUACUUUGAAAUAUUCUUCUUAGUUAUUAACUUGGAAUGAUGCUUUCUGUGAAGUACUGAACUUCUUGGUUCUGAUCAAUAAUGUAUACUGUAUUUUAGUGUGAUUUUUCACAUAAAAAUGCAAUAUGUUCUCUCAAUAUCAAAUGUGCUCUGUUAUUUAUGUAUCUGCUUUCAAUUAUUUAACAUUAAAAAGUGUAAGUACAAUAUUACAGAGGACAUUUAUACAAGUUAAUUUACCUUUAUUAUAUUCAAAUGUGAUAUAUUUCCAAAUAAUAAAAUUUACUACCAUCCAUAGACUGUGUCUCG